AAACUAAAGGCACUAAAAAUUGUACGAAAAUAUGAUGGGAAUCAAGAAAAAUCAAUUAAUGUUGUUUUUCAAAAUGGAUAAGGAAACAUGUAGAGCAUUAAUUUGAAGGGAACUAAUUUAUGUAGGAUGGAAAACUUGGUAUUAUAACAGUAAUUACAGAAUACGUACAUAGAUAGGUACCAUUAUGCGUAUGUGGCGGAUUCAUGGUAAUGUGAAAUGAUAGCUCAACGUGGAAAUGAUGAAAAAAUAUAUAUUUUUCAUCAUUUUAUAAUUUUGAAAAUAAAUGAAAAAAAAUGCUCGGCAUAAACUGAAAGCAUUUACUCUUUUUUGAAAACACAAAAUCUAUGAAUGAAGAAAUCUAAAUUGAUAAAAUUAGCUGAACAAAAUACUCUAGCCAAUGAGAAACUAAAGGCACUAAAAAUUGUAAGAAAAUAUGAUGGGAAUCAAGAAAAAUCAAUUAAUGUUGUUUUUCAAAAUGGAUAAGGAAACAUGUAGAGCAUUAAUUUGAAGGGAACUAAUUUAUGUAGGAUGGAAAUCUUGGUAUUAUAACAGUUAUUACAGAAUACGUACAUAUAUAGGUACCAUUAUGCGUAUGUGGCGGAUUUAUGGUAAUGUGAAAUGAUAGCUCAACGUGGAAAUGAUGAAAAAAUAUAUAUUUUUCAUCAUUUUAUAAUUUUGAAAAUAAAUGAAAAAAAAAUGCUCGGCAUAAACUGAAAGCAUAUACUCUUUUUUGAAAACACAAAAUCUAUGAAUGAUUCGACGAGGUUUGUGGGGGUUAUUACCCUCUUUACCACCCUGGAUCCGGCGUAUCGUUCACAUGUCACUGAUUCGCAUAAUAUUCGAACAAUACUCUGCAAAAUUGUUUCGAAAAUAAUCUCAAUUGAUAAAAUUAGCUCUAGCCAGUGAGAAACUAAAGGAAUAAAAAAUUGUACGAAAAUAAGAUGGGAAUCAAGAAAAAUCAAUGUAAGUUGUUCUUCAAAAUGGAUAAAGAAACAUGUAGAGCACUAAUUUAAGUAGGAUGGAAAACUUAGUAUUAUAACAGUAAUUAACCGUAAAAAUUUGUUUGAAAGAUUUGGCGUGAAUAGAGGUGCUGAAGUCGAAGGAGGCAGGUGCAACAUAUUACGUAAUUAGAGUUUAUAUUAUUGAAUUGGAAAUGGGGGCUUUAUUCUAUUGAUUUAAACAAUUUUUUCUGCAUUAUAAUGGAAAAAGGAUUCUUUUAAUACUGCGUAAUCGCCAGUCAUUACGUUUUUGACGUGGUAAUGACAGUUUACUCUAUUAUCUUGUUUUAUACCUAGAUAUUUGAGAUCGCAUGACAAAUUUAAAUGAAGAAUAUCCUUCUUCAAUAUUUUGUUACAACAAAAAAUUAUAUUUAUCGAAAAAGGAAAUUCGAACCUUUGCCAACUUCUCAUCAAUUUUGUCAUAAUUGAAAGUGAAUUUUCCUUCACCUUUCAAAUUCGUCUACAAUACAACGAAUAGCGAAUCGAAUAAUAUCGUUCAUGAAAUCUUCUCAGAUGAACCAAUACAUUAUAUUGGUGAAAUUCACCAUAGAAUGUUAUGCUCAUGCUGAGAAAAUUGUAAAUUGAAAAACUUGUAAAAACAAGUUUUUGAGUAAGUCAAGAUUUUAAGUUCCUAUUAGAAAUAACACAACCAACGGCGUAGAUAUAGGGGGUACUUGAGAUAAUUACGGAAAUUUUUCCAUCAUAAAAAAAAGUUUUUUUUCGAUUGCCCUUUUGUAAUAUAUCGACUGUUUCAUUUCAUAGUUUUUUCAUGAUUAAGAAUGCAUGAAUUAUCACUUAACAUAUGUGCAUAUGUAUCGGUCAACACAGUUAAUGUUGAACCUUCGAUAGAUGAGGAAUGAAAAUAUAAGAGUUCCAAUCUUUGUUUCAUUGAAUAACUUAUAAAGUUAUAUAAUAUUCAGAGAAUAUUACACGCCUGGAGGUCCUGUUUAAUUUUUUCUCCAAGUCUCAUAGUUCUCGAAAUACUCUCAGUGAGCAUCGAAUUUACCCUGUAGAUUAUUGGUACAGUGACUUGAUAAAUCUAGUCAGUAGUUAUUGUCAACUGGUUGAUCUGUGCGACAUCUUACAAUCCAAAAUACAAUGAAAUACCACCCUUGAUUCAGAUACAUAUCUAAUUCAAGCCUGAAAGUGAAAGUUUGUGUGUUUGACUGCUAGAGGGUGCUCGAGAGUGCCUUUCUCUGCUCGCCCUGUAGGUCCUAUUCCUAUAGGACAAGCUAGAUGCAGUUGCACGUGUCACGUCAUUGUAUUCGUUGAGGGCAAACUAAACACAACGUUUUGAAAAUGGAAGCUUGCUUGGGAUACUCCGCUCAGGGUAAUGGAAACCGAGAUGCGGACUCCACCCAAAAAAAGACCGUUGCAGGAGAGUAUUCUGAUCUGAUAGAAUAUAUGAAGACGUACAAUUGCGAAAUAACAGAAGAUCUAUUGGAGAGGAUAAGCAAAAAAAACUCAAACAGCAAUGGAAUAACUGAUCCGAAGAUCGUCAUGAUGACGGCGCUCUUCGAGAAAUUCUGUUCGGCCGGCUACGAAGUGCACAAGGUGACGCCAUACAUGUCGGUCAACUACCCUUACUGCAGGUGGAUCGUGGAGUACGAAUCGCUCUACGAGUACAACCACUAUGGGGAGAGUGAGCACGUGCUGACGAUGUGCAAGCCACCUCAGGUGUUCCCAGUGUACGUGCCUCACAACACCGUGAGUUUCAGGGGGAAAAGGCUCAUGCAGUUUGGGGUGAAGCACUGCGCUUGCGUUAAGCCGACGGAGCAGUUUGUAUCAGGUUUCAACAUGAUACACAACACUUACGCCCUCUACGACAUGAGGUAACGUUACACGGCGUAGUGAAGAGGAGGACCCUGCAGCUGGACGUUGUAUAUAUAGGUGAGAAUAUCGGACUGGCAGCUGGUGGAGUCAAGUAGCGACGUACUCCCGGUUUCGGCCGAUUUUUAGAGCCCGCCAUUGAAAGAGGGUUUUUUCCAAUGAAUCAAAUCAGAUUUGUCGAUGCCAGUCCGAUAUUCCUUUUUUUAAGGGCUUUAUUCUCUAGUUUGAUUGUAUGCAGGAUGAUUCCUUCAGAAUGUUAUCUGAAACCUAAA